AUGGCAGAGCCUACACGCGAAGCCGACGCCGAAUGGGGUCAAGUGUUUUCAGCAGGAGAGAGCUCUCGCAGCUUCGUGGAAGCCGAAGUAGUUUCUGCGAUUGAGUACGAUCGGUCGGGAGAAUUCUUAGCCACUGGUAACAAAGGUGGACGCGUAUCUAUUUACUGCCGACACGGAAAUCCUACAUCGAAUCAAGUCGGUUACACUGGUUCAACUGGCGAUCCGCGAUACCAGCUCUACACUGAGUUUCAAAGCCACAAUGCUGAGUUUGAUUACCUUAAAAGCCUUGAAAUUGAGGAAAAGAUUAAUCAGAUCAAAUGGUGCCGGGCGGCUAAUGGAUCUCAAUGUUUACUGUCGACGAAUGAUAAGACAAUCAAACUCUGGAAAAUACAUGAGCGUAGCGUCAGAGAAAUCACGACGUACAAUGAAAAAGGACUUGCUUAUGUGCCCCGAGCACAUAUUACCCCAGAACUUAUUCGGCUGCCGCAAAUGCUCGUCCGUGGCCAGGUGACGACAACAACAGCCAAGCGUGUUUAUGCGAACGCACACACAUACCACAUUAAUUCGAUUGCGAUAAAUAGCGACGGUGAAACCUUUAUCUCGGCAGAUGACCUCCGUGUAAAUUUAUGGAGUCUCGGCGUAUCGAAUCAAAGCUUCAACAUUGUGGACAUCAAGCCAGCAAAUAUGGAAGAAUUGACCGAGGUGAUUACAGCUGCGGACUUCCACCCAACCCACUGCAACACGAUGAUGUACAGCACCAGUCGUGGUGCCAUCAAGCUUGGUGAUAUGCGCGAGUCAGCCCUAUGCGACGUGUAUUCCCAAGUUUUCGAGGAGCAAGAAGAUCCUGAAGCUCGCAGCUUCUUUUCCGAAAUCAUUGCGUCCAUCUCAGAUAUUAAGUUCUCUCCUGACGGUCGUUACAUCAUUGCACGCGACUUUCUUACGCUUAAAAUCUGGGAUAUCAACAUGAAUUCCCGUCCCGUCCAAACAAUUAAUAUUCACGAGCAUUUGCGCCCAAGAUUAGGAGACCUCUACGAGAGUGAUUGCAUUUUUGAUAAAUUCGAGUGCGCAGUGAGUGGGGACGGCGAUAAUUUCAUUACGGGCUCGUACAAUAGCGAGUUCCAUAUUUAUGACCGUUACGGACGUGCCGAUAUUUCUAUUACGCCACGUACCGCGCGAGUAAGUCGACGUCACUCUAUGCCGCAGAGGGGACUAGCGCAACAAAUCGCUGCAAUGCCUACUCCAGGCGAUCCGGAUGCGCUGGAUUUUUCAAAGAAAAUCUUGCAGGCAAGCUGGCAUCCGUCGUUAAAGGAAAUUGCUGUUUCAAUUCGCAAUAGCCUCUUUGUAUAUGCAGCCUAA